UGUUCAGCCUGCCUUUGGCCCGAUUUACCGCCGUGAACACCCUGGCAUCUUCACGCGCAGCCUAUAGCUCACCAGCAUGCGGUCCAAAGCCAGACCUGGCCCAGGAAGCUCAACACGAAGGAGCAAACAUUCCCAUCCUCGCUGCAAAUUUACACCUCCUUCUAAUCCUCUUCUUCCAUGGCUCCUACUACACACCCUACCGUCCAUGCAAUGGCGGCGUUUUGGCUGCUGACCCUGUGUGCCCCUUUGGCCCGGGGCAUUGCCGUCAAAUCCGAGGCCCGCAGCGCGGGGCGCGUGGCUGCCAGCGCCGAGGGGCGCUCGAGGACCCUGUCGGCGCAGGCCCUGCAGUACUUCCACGCCCUCAACGCCUCGUCGUCCAAGAGGCCCGUGCUCGUGCCGCCUGGCGACGUCCGGAGGGCAGAGGUGUCGCGGCCGGCCGCCGGCCGCCCCAGCCUCCUGGGCGUGGACGCGAGCCAGGGCCUCCGCUCGGGCGGUGAGUUCCAGCCCUCGGCGGAGUUCCAGGCUCAGGCGGAGGCCGGGCAAGGCCAGGGCGCCGAGCUGCCCUGGGGCGUCGGCACGCCCCGCGGCGGCGACAACUGGGUGGUCCACGAGUACUCCGCCAUGCACAUGCUCGACGUCCCCCACUGGGUCGAGUACAGCCUGGAGACGGGGGAUAACAUCCAGACGUUCAGCAACGCCUGGCAGGACGUGAAGCUCAUUACGCAGGUGCUCGAGAACGUCACCAACGGCUUCUACCUGGACACCCACGGCGGGGAUGGCGAGACGCACAGCUACACGCUGCUGCUCGAGAUCACGGGCUGGCGCGGCCUCAUACUGGAGCCUCAGAUCUACGAGUUCGCUACGCUGUGGGGCAAGAUGCGGAAGGCGUGGCUUUUCCUCGGGUGCCUGUCUCCGACCGGGAACGCCACGAAGCUCGGCUUCGACACCGAUGGCGUACUCGACAUGCUGAGCGGUCACCAGGUCCACGCCUACAACUUGCCCACCUUCUUGGAAGAGAUGGGCGGCCGCAAGACCAUUGACUUCUGGGCCGUGCACAAUGGUCAUUACGAGGCAGAGGUCCUGAAUGAGACAUUCUUUGGUUCAGGGAAGAACCUCGAGUUCGGGGUCGUCCUGGUCCGCUUCGAUGGUCGUCGCGCCGGCCGUGGCUCCCAGUGGUUCGCUCAGCACAGGUCCAAGGACGAGACCGAAGAGCUCAUCUUCGAGAUCAUGCACAACGCCAGCUUCAACUACAUCGGUGGCCUGGACGCGUACUGGAUCAACUACGUCGAGCCGCGCUUCCAUUACAACGACCACGUGUGGGUGAACCCCGCGUACUUCGAGCGGCGCGGCAUCCCGGUUCCCACGUGGUGCAAGUCGGCGCCGCCCCCCGCGCUGCAGUACCCCCGCCAAGGCCACCUUGACGUGCCUGGACUGGACAAGCUUGAGAAGUGGACAGGCUCGGGCUCUUCCCCCGGGCCGCACGUGUAUGGACAACCGACCGACAUGAAGGCGGGGGGCAUCCCCCAUGGAUACGGGAGCCCGGGCAUCCCCUAUGGGCCGUCCUCGCGCAACCCGUUUGGCAUCGACCAUCAGGAGUACGACGACCCGUCAUACAUGUCCCUGGGGUCGAGCAACCCGUCGAAGCCGGGUCCGCAGGGAGGAGGCGGGACCUGGGACCCCCGCUGGAACUGGGACGCGGGCUACACCUACGCGCAGGAGACCGACAAGGUCAUUGCGUACAUUGCGAAGGCGAAGGCGGAUGCUGCGUUCACGGAGGAGCCCGCCAAGGCGCACCGCGUGCAGUACAGCCGGCUCUUAUCAGUGGAGGGCCGCUGAGCUCCCACGCCUGCGCGCCGCGCGCCAGCCUGGUCACGCGAGGUGGUCCUCGGCACACGCGCUGCUCCCAUGGUGCGGCCGCCUGGGGGCGCCCUUGCAUGUCCCUUCUGCCCCUCCGUAGUGAGCCCCGAGGAUAGGGGGAUGGCGGCAAGAAGGGCGCUUGCGCGUGCGAAUAAUUUCGCGCGCUACCUGUUCGACCUCCUUGCUUGUGCGCCGUUGGAAAAAAAACGGGGAGCAUCGCGCCGCGGCCUGACCAACCUGAAACGUACUACCAUCCCUCUGCUAGCCAUCACCGCAUCUCGCUGCCGAUCUCAAGGACUCCCAUCCCUAAGGUUGCCAUCGCCUUGGGCUUGUUCUUGGGGGCAGGGAUGAGCUCGAGACUGGCUGGCACUUGCCCGCCGCUGCGCUGGGCACGCCCUCUUCCUGCGUGUACGGAAGAAGCGUGCGUGCUGAGUAGACCAGAUCACUGGCCGAUGACGGG